AUGAAUUAGGAUUGUGUAGAAUGCCAAAAGAAAGAUCAAAAAAUCAAAGAGUUGAAAUAGAAGAUUGCAGAGUUAGAGGAAUAGAUUGAAACCUUUGGACCUGAGUUUUCCCAAGUCAAAGGACUUGACGAAAAUUCGCAAAAGCUUUUGAAGGAAAACAUACAGAAAGCCAUAGGAGAUUUGAUUAAUUAGGAUCCCAAGCAAAAGUAAACUAGAAAUGCAUACUCUUAGACCAAAUCAAUUUAAUGCUCCUUAUUAAAGAACUUAAACAAGCAAUUUGACUGAAUUUUCAAGAUAAAUUAACAUCGAUGAAUAACACACUUAUCUUGGAUAAAGAUUUUUUGAACACUUUCUAAUUCUCGGACCUGACAUUGAAGAAUUAAAAUAAGUCAGCGAACACACAAAUGAAGUCCUGGUGAAACCUAAAAUUCUAUAUCAAUUUCCAAAUGUCAAUUAACAUCUUUAGUAUAAUCAAUUUCCAGUAUUUUAGUGAUGUUGUUCCAAUCUACACAUUCCCUAAUGGUAUCUUAGCAAAAAGAUUAGAGGCAUCAUCUCAAAAUUUCAAUGACAAAGUAUUACCAGAAUUAAAGCAAAUCAUUAUGCAGACUCUCCAAUUAACAAAGGGAGACAACGAAUAUUCAAUAACCAUUCCCAGAGAAGACAUCUAAGAAAAUAGUAGAAUGACUGUAAGUUAAUUUGUUUAGGAAUCCAAUCCAAAUGUAUUCAGGAACAUCAUAUGUUUCGAAAUCAAUGAAUUCAUUUGUUUGGAUCCCAAAACAUAUGGUUGUUGGUUAUGUCCAAUAGUCCAUUGUUUUGUGAGCUAUUACCCAUUCAUUAAAUUCUUUUUGAAAGAAAAUGCCAACAUAUGGAACCAAUUGAAACUAGAAAGAAUUGAACCCUGUCUAUGUGAGGCAUCGAGUCAUGAAGUGUUAAAGAGAGACUUCGUGUUUAUGAAGAGCAAAUUGAAUACUAUAAUAGAUAGAUUAUUUGCCUUAAGAAGCAUUUAAGUAACUUACGACUAGAAAUAUCAAUUGAAUGAAAUAUAAAUUCAAACGCCCAAAAAGGAUAGUGUAUAAUACUUAUAAUUUCUAUGGGGUUGUGAUUAGACAUUCCAAACCUUGUCAUUCAAAGAGUUGGUGUACUUAAUCUCUAAUGUUAUACUUUCUCAAAGAGUUAUCCUAUUUUCUAAAAAGAAAUCAGUGUUAUCUCAUGUUAUGUUAACAAUCAUAUCCCUUAUGCACCCUUUCAACUAUAAAUUGCCAUUCUGCAUAUUCAUACCAGAUGAAUUGAUUGAUAGAUUAGCAGCUCCUUGUCCAUAUUUUUUUGGAGUCGUUGGAGAAUAUGAAAACUAUUCCUCAAGAAUUGAAGAAGCCCAAUAAGAAGAUAUUACAAUGUUUGGUAAUUGUUAACUAUAUCUUAGAUCUAAACACAAAGAGAGUAUUCUAUUCAAAAACUUAAAGUAGAGAUUUGAAGAAAUGCAUUGCUCCAAUCAAAAGAAAUUCUCAUCUUAAAUAAUUAUACAGUGUGAUCAAUAAUUCCAGAGACAAUGCUUUUAAAUAAGUUGGAAAACACAAACCACAAAAGUUAGAGAAAUCUGGCAGUUCUAAUUAAAUUUUUAAAGAAAAUGAAAAAUAAUAUAUGCAAUUGCUUAAGGAUAUCGCUAAGUCAUUCUAGACCUUUUGGCAUUCAACAGUGACAUAACACAUUCCAGUUGAUAGAAAAUUCAUCAAGACUGGUAGUAUGGCUGCAUUGAAUUUGCAAUUGCUUUCGGAAGUCAUGUUAUCAAAAUGUCCCAAAGAUUCUAAACGAUUCAUCAAAGAACUAAUUUAAAACCCAACAUUUACAGGUUAUUUGGAUGAACUUUAUGAAGUUAUUUAUUAAUAAAAUUAAUGA